AUGGUGCUCCUCAGCAGCCUGUACGCCAUGUUCGACCCCAACGAUUCGGAUACGCCGUCGUCUGCAGCGCCCAGCACGUGGCCGGUGGUGCUGCUGUUUCACCUGGAGACCGUGCUCAUGGUGUCCUCGGGCUUACUUUUCCUUACGGCCGGUGUGGGUCUUCUGGGCGCCGUGAGGGAGAACGUGCUCCUGCUUGAGGUCUACGGUUGCGCGAUGCUGUUCCUGGUGGCGCUAGGCUUGGGUGCGUCCAUGUUGGUCGCGGGCAUACCGUGGCUUGCGCAAAGCUUCGUCACCGACCACGUGACUGAGGACUUCGUUGUCCACUACAGAGAGAAGGCCGAUUACAAGAAGACCAUCGACUACCUGCAGACGUCCCUGCGCUGUUGCGGCAUGUCGCAAGCCGGCUACCGGGACUGGCAGGCGAACGAGUACUUCGCCUGCAACGAGGCCAAUCCUAGUGCGGAACGGUGCAGCGUUCCGCCGUCCUGCUGCCGCCGUACACCGCACCUCGGAGGAGUAGCAGACGAUGCUCCCAAGGACAGCGGACAUCCUCCAGUUCCCAGCACCCUGUGCGGACGCGGAGUGCUUCGCAUGGCUGAGCGCGAUGCUUGGAAGCCAGCCGUCACGUCAGACUUUGACGGCCUCUGCUGA